AUGCGGAGGAUCAAUUCAUUGUACGGACGAAUUGGGUUUCUCAGGAGAGUACCCGAAAACUCUACGAAGCAAUCUCAUAAUACAUUCCUCGCCUCUCUCUCCUUCUCUACGGACGGUGCUUAUGGCGGUGGCGGUGGCGGUGAGCAGAACAGCUCCAGGGUCAAGAUCUUCGAUCGAGACCUCAAGCGCAUACAUCGUGACCGAGCGGCGUGGCUGUCUCGUCAUAAAACCGACACCUUUGUCGAUGCUGUUGCAGAGAAUCUGCUUGAUCGCUUAGAGGAUUGUAAGAAGAGUUUUCCCAGUGCAUUGUGUUUGGGAGGAUCUCUUGGUGCUGUUAAACGAUUACUACGUGGUCGAGGUGGGAUUGAGAAGCUUACAAUGAUGGAUACCUCAUAUGACAUGAUUAAAUCAUGUAGAGAUGCUCAAGAUGAUUCGCACGAUAACUCCAUCGAAACAUCUUAUUUGGUAGGUGAUGAGGAGUUUCUGCCAAUCAAGGAGAGUUCGGUUGAUUUGAUCAUUAGUUCGUUGGGGCUUCAUUGGACAAACGAUCUUCCAGGAUCCAUGAUACAGUGCAAACUGGCUCUGAAGCCUGAUGGCCUAUUUUUAGCAGCAAUUCUUGGCGGAGAAACCUUAAAGGAGCUGAGAAUUGCAUGCACUUUGGCUCACAUGGAGCGUGAAGGAGGCAUUAGUCCCCGGUUAUCGCCUUUGGCACAGGUUAGGGACGCAGGGAAUCUCUUGACCAGGGCGGGUUUUAGUCUUCCUGGAGUUGACGUUGAUGAAUAUGUAGUUAAAUACAAGAGUGCGCUGGAUCUUAUAGAGCAUCUUCGUGCAAUGGGUGAAACCAACGCUCUUCUCCAGAGAAACAAGAUUUUGAAUCGCGAAACUGCUCUUGCCACGGCAGCCAUAUAUGAGUCCAUGUUCGCCACAGAGGACGGCACUAUACCUGCUACCUUUCAGGUGAUAUACAUGACGGGAUGGAGAGAACAUUCGUCUCACCCAGAGGCCAAGCGGAGAGGUUCAGCCACCGUAUCCUUCACGGAUCUCCAGAAGCAAUUUGGUGGUCAAUCUUGA